GAAAACUGAAGACUUAAAUAACAAACCCUCCAAGGUCAAAAUGAACACAGGGCGUGAUUCUCAGUCACCAGACUCAGCAAAAGGUUUUAGAAGCGUUCGACCAAAUCUACAAGAAAAAAAAUCACCAACUCAGGCACCCCUUCCACCACCCAGAAAAGAGAGCUUUUGUAGCUCCUUGAUAACCAAUCAUACAAAGGGUGACAUUUUAGACCAAUUAGUAACUAACACACAAAUUCCAUCCUGUACAGAGUUCUUUACUAACAAAACACCUCUCCAGGGAACUAUGUAUUCUAAUGAUGAUUCUAGCCAGACAAUUGUAUAUUCUGAAGAAUCUAACACAACCGUGUCAUAUACACAAAAAAUCACUAAUCCACUACCACCACCUUCCAGCACAGGUCCCCCACCAAAAGCUGAUAUGAGUACCCCAUUUCUCCAAGAGGACUACACCCAAGAUUCUCAAACUCGGAGAAUUUCCACAUUGAAACUAAUCCAUAACCAGGACCCAGGAAGCAGCAUCACCUUUAGUCCCCCCCAGUUUCCCAAAUCUGUUGAAAUACCAUCAUUGCUCAAAAGGCCUUGCUCACCACCCGCUAACCCAAUGCCUGAGAAACACACAGCAUCUCUUUCCAUCCAGAUAGCUCCCCUUUCGGGACACGAUCCUGAAAGCCACAAACAGCCACCUGAGCCUUCUCCAGAGACUGCAAAGAUACCUCUUCAGCCAGAGAGACAAAGACCUGCAGUUGCUGCGGCCUCUCAGUCCUCAGACUGCCAAGUGCUUGGAAAUCAGAACUUAACUGCCAAUGUGUUGGAGAGCCAGAUAACAGUGAAUGGAAACGCUGGAGGCACUGUGAGUCCAAUGAGUUACUAUCAAAGGCCAUUUUCCCCUUCUGCUUACUCGCUACCAGGCUCACUCAAUUCAAGCAUGAUCAUGCAGCAUGGCCAGUCACUUGAUUCCUCGGAGGCGUACCCCCAGCAUGCUCAGUCUCUGGACGGCAGCGUGGGCAGCUCAAUACCACUGUACAGGUCCUCCGAGGAGGAAAAGAGAGUGACAGUCAUCAAGGCGCCCCACUACCCAGGGAUCGGGCCGGUGGAUGAAUCCGGAAUCCCCACAGCAAUCAGAACGACAGUUGACAGACCGAAGGACUGGUACAAGACCAUGUUUAAGCAAAUCCACAUGGUACACAAGCCGGAUGAUGACACAGACAUGUAUAAUACUCCUUAUACAUAUAAUGCAGGCCUAUACAACUCGCCCUACAGUACUCAGUCACAUCCUGCUGCCAAGACCCAGACCUACAGACCGCUCUCCAAGAGCCACUCCGACAACGGCACCAAUGCGUUUAAGGAUGCUUCGUCCCCCGUCCCUCCCCCGCCCAUUCCUCCUCCGGUUCCACCAUUUCGAGCAAGAGAUCGGUCUUCAACAGAAAAGCAUGACUGGGAUCCUCCAGACAGAAAAGUAGACACAAGGAAAUUUCGUUCUGAGCCGAGGAGUAUUUUUGAAUAUGAACCUGGGAAGUCCUCCAUUCUGCAGCAUGAGAGACCACCCCUUCUCCCAACCACUCCGACACCUGUUCCAAGGGACCCUGGCCGGAAGCCUAUUUCUAUGUCACCCUGCGGAGAAGUAACUGGUAGCCCCUCCCCUCCACCCAGGACCAGUAUCCCCGCACCAAGCCCGUGCGCCCCGGCUCUCUCCCCCAUCCGGACUGAUCGCAUAAAUCCAGAUGACAUAGAUUUAGAAAAUGAGCCCUGGUAUAAAUUCUUUUCAGAACUGGAGUUUGGACGCCCGCCUCCCAAAAAGGCUCUGGACUAUGUUCAAGAUCAUUCUCCUGGUGUUUCCAAUGAGGCCUCAUUGUAUCAAUCCUCUAUAGACAGAAGCCUGGAAAGACCCACUAGUUCUGCAAGCAUGGCCAGCGACUUUAGGAAAAGGCGGAGGAGCGAGCCUGCGGUAGGGCAGCCCAGGGGCCUGGGGGACCCGAGUGCAAGGAGCACUAGCCCAGGCCGAGCAGACCUCCCAGGAUCAAGCACCACCCUGACAAAGUCCUUCAUUAGUUCUUCUCCUUCUUCUCCAUCAAGAGCAAAAGACCAUGAGUCCCCUAGGAGUUACUCGGCCACACUGACUGAGCUUGGAAGAACUGCACCCAGGGAAAGAAGAGGAACUCCAGAAAAAGAGAAACUGCCUGCAAAAGCUGUUUACGAUUUUAAGGCUCAGACAUCCAAGGAGCUGUCAUUUAAGAAAGGAGAUACUGUCUACAUCCUCAGGAAAAUUGAUCAAAACUGGUAUGAGGGAGAGCAUCACGGAAGAGUGGGCAUUUUCCCAAUCUCAUAUGUAGAGAAACUCACACCUCCUGAAAAAGCACAGCCUGCAAGACCACCUCCCCCAGCCCAGCCUGGUGAAAUCGGAGAAGCUGUCGCCAAAUAUAAUUUCAGUGCUGACACCAAUGUGGAGCUAUCGCUGAGAAAGGGAGAUAGAAUUAUUCUUCUUAAAAGAGUUGAUCAAAACUGGUAUGAAGGUAAAAUUCCAGGAACCAACAGACAAGGCAUCUUCCCUGUUUCCUAUGUAGAAGUUGUCAAGAAGAAUACAACCAAAGGUGCUGAGGACUAUCCUGAACUUCCAAUACCCCACAGCUAUUCUAGUGAUAGGAUCCACAGCUUAAGUUCAAAUAAGCUGGCUUCCAGUGAACCAGGCCCCCCCCUCUUGCACAAAGCUUCACGUGACCCAGAUAGCGACACUCUCCAGGGAACCACCCUGGGGUGGCUGUCCCUGCCAGCCAAAGGUGCACUGGCAAAUCCUUCAGCUCCAACGCCGCCUCAUUUUCUGGACAAGUUCUUGGAUGAAUUAGAGAAGCUUGGUGCUUUAGCUUUACCAGCUGACCCUGCCAAACCAGAUACCCCAGAGGAGAUCAGCCUUGAGAUUAAGGAGGACCCCUCCGCUCUCCCCCCGUGGCCGCGAGCACCCACACCUGCCAAAGCGCGCUCCUUUCAGCUGCCUUUGCUCAGCUCGGCUACGACCUCAGCUGCGGCCCGGCUUCCUGAGGCCACGAUGCUCCCGGAUUCUAGAAAGACACGUCCGAACAAGUCUGCAGAUGUGACCAAAAUGAGAGAGGGCUCUGCAGGCCCAGAGAAGGUACUGGAGGUCCUAGGUGAUAAGUUUGUGACCUCCGCACACCCUGGCCUGGGUCCCUUGCCCCAUACCCUCCCUGUCAUUGGAGAGGAAGAUGAGGAAGUCUAUGAGGGGGUCAGGGCAGGCACCCGAAGAGGGCUGGAAUCUCAAGAUCCAGAUGCCCUGUGCUGUGGCCGUGAUGGCACAGAGGUGAUGUCACACCUGCACAUUGAAGAGGAGGGUGAGGAGAGACAAGCUGACUGCCCAAGAUAUCCGGUAGCCACCCUCACAGGCCCUAGGGCCCCUAAGGAAGACAGCAAUGCAGCAAAAACCAGUGAUGAGCCAUCUUCAUUCUCUUCGGGACAUCGAAUGUCUACAUCUUUUUCCAGCUGUCUGCUUUCCUCCCCUCCCUUUCAUUCCUCCUUGGCCACUGUCUCUGACCUGGUCCCCACACUCUCUCAGCCUACCCAGCCCUACUCAUCUCCGCUCCUCCCUAAAUACUCUUACCAACAGGAGAUAAGUUCACCACAAUUAAAGGUAACUGCAUCUUGAGUGUGGUUUAUUGCAUGUCUUUCAAUGAACUUCAUUAAUUAAAUGUAUGUCUUUAGAUUCAUGUCGUCUUACAAGAUUUAAAAAGUCAUUCAACAUUGGUUGCUAACUUUUAACAUCAUUAGCAUGGCCUCUGUCUGAAAAUUUGAAAGAUACAUUUGCACAGCAACUAUACAUAAGAGUGAGGAGAAAAACAAGCUAAACUUUGUAUAGUAAUAAAAGGUGAUCAUUAGACUUUUUCUUUUUUUAAGUUGAGGAUCAGCAGGAGAACCAUCCCAUUUAAAGGCAUCAGCUAUGUGCCUGUCAUCUUCCGUCACAUCUUAGUGGGCUCGUUGCCUCCCGAGUUCCCCAACUAAUCAGCAGGUUCAGCAGAGCCUGAGGGUUGGAUGAUCUUGACACUGACUGUCUUGAGCCUUGCUCUUCCACAAAAUUGCAGGAAACUAAUGAGGACGUGGGAAGGAGGCUUCUUUUGUAGCAGUUAACAAAGCAUCCAGCUCUGAGACUUGCAGGCCGUCGGGCGGCUCUGCUGGUGUUUAACUCCCUCUUAGGAUACCGUGAUAAAAGAUUUUUAACACAAUUAAUGACUGACCUUGGAAAGACAUUUAAUGAGAACCACAGCAUGAAAUCAAUCCAUCACAGAAAAGUUUUACUUCUGUGCUCAGAACAAUCCUCAAAACCUUUUCCUUUACACAAAAGGACUUCAGAUAAUGACUCAUCCUCGCAUGCAAUCUUCUCCACUUGGAAUGAGAGCCUCUCCAGAUAAGUAAAAAAUGAAACAAAACGAAGGCUCUGGUAGGCUCAUGUUUUUGAACUAUUAGUAGAAAGCACCAACACCUAAGAAAUGCCAUUUAUGCAAUCUUCCAAACCCCAAUCACCAAAUCUAUCCACCAAAAUAGUCCAUCUAUGUGAAUUUUAUCUUACUUAGAAAAGGAAUCUUUUUGGGGCGGGGGGAAUGUAAUAUAUUUUAAAGACUAAUUGUUCUUUGCCCUUUGAGGUUUUAUCUUAGCUGGCAGGAAAUAAUUAGGACAUUUUUUAAAUAAUAAUAAUUCUUUAGAUAAGGUCUAAGACUAAGAAUUUGCCUUCUCUGGGUAUAUGUGUGUGGUUUUCUUUUAGAGCCAAAAUAUUUAUUCCUUGCCUUUCCCUACCUGUUCUUCAGCCAAUUGGUUAGCCAAUAAGUGGGCAAGUAACUUGAGAAUCGGAGUUCUCUAAUUUAGAGAGAUGGAACACUCACCGUUGUAGUGUCAAGGACAAAACCAGAAUUUAAACAGGUUUAUUCUCCUGCAAGAACCAAGCUCAUCUCAUACAUUCUUUAUGUCUCAGUUCAUAAAAUGAUAUGAGACCAUGGAGAUAUUCAUAGUAACUAUGUUUUCAAAGAAUACUUAAAUAAUUAAUUCCAGAAAAAUAGUUAUUUUUCUCCUUUUAUUUGAGAGCAAAUGUUAAUUUUAAUCCCCUAUUGAGUUUUUUUAGACUCUUAUAGGUCAAUUUUUUUAUUCAUAGAAAGAAUACAAGUCAACUGAAUUUAUGCUUAUAAGUGUAGAUACAAAUUGAAUCAACUACAAAUUUUAGGCCAUUAUUAUGGUGUAAUCCACAUCUGACACAGUCAAAAUUGAUGUGAAUCCUUUAAGAAGGCUUCCUAGUUCUCUUGUUUCAAGAAUGUUAAAAAUUAUGCUCAUUACAAAGAAGAGAAAAUAAAAUGGCAAUAAUGUUUUAGGAACCAUAGUAUAGUGGAGAAGGCAAUGGCAACCCACUCCAGUGUUCUUGCCUGGAGAAUCCCAGGGACGGGGGAGCCUGGUGGGCUGCCGUCUAUGGGGUCGCACAGAGUCGGACACGACUGAAGCGACUUAGCAGCAGCAGCAGCAGGCAUAGUAUAGUAUGCAUGAAAUCAUUAUAACAUUUUUAUCAAUACUCAUCAACCACUGUUUUACCUAACCCAUAUUAAUUUAAUGCAGUUUUAUUCUUCUAAAGUAUUUUCUGAGAUAAUAAAAGUCUGUCACAUGCAAUGCAAAAUCAUUUUUAAAAGUUGUCACCACUUUAUAGAUUACAGAAGACUGAAAUGUACAUAUAAAUUAUGAAUUUGAUACAUAAAUCAGAAUCCAACAUUUUUUCUAGUCUUAGAGCAUCUUUUUUGAAAAUAAUGUUUUUUCACAGAAAAGAAUUAUUAUAAUCCUCAGCUUUGAUGUAAGUUGAACUUCCAAUUCUAUGUAAAACUCUUUUGUAAAAAUCCAUGUAUCCCAUGGAUUCAAACUGCAGUGGAAGUGCUUUGUAAAGAGAUAGAAAGACUCGUUUGUUGUUUUUUUUUUUUUUUUUUUUCCCCAAGAAACUCAGUUAUUACGGUACCAUAAGGAAGUCUCCUCACCUUAAAGCCAUCCCAGCAGAAGGUAAUCCCCUUGAACACAGUUUCCAACAUGAAAUUAAGCCCCAAUUCUUCCUAAUAUGUUCAAAUGAUCUUUCCUGCUGUUUAUCCACAUCAUUCCGAUGCUACUUUUUUUUUUCUAUGACUCUUGAUGUUUAUAGAAACCUCGUAUUAGUCAAGAUUGGGGCAGCUGCAGUGCCAUAAACUCAAAAUAAUUAGGUAGAAGUAUAUAUUUCUUAUGUAUAAAUGUAGGGCAUCCAGGAUUGGUAGGUUGCUCUAUAUUCAUCAGGAGCAAAUCACCAUGCUCAAUGAAAACCUUCCAGUUCGUGGUCCAAACUGGCUGCAGCAGCUCCAACAGUCCCUUCCUCAAACUAGCAGGAAGGAGAAAAGAGGAGGGAGCUUAUGCCUUCUUUCUUGAAGGACAUUUGCUAGUAAACAUAUCCCAUCUGUCAGAACUUAUCACAUGAGCACAUAUAGAUACAAGGAAGGCUGGAAAAUAGACUUUAUUCAGAAUGGCCGUGUGCCUACCUGACAUUCAGGAUUCCAUUACUGGGAUGACAAAGAAGAGAAUGGAUACUGGAUAAUGUGAAGCAUUCUCUGCCCCAAGACAUAAUGAAAAGCGUCUGAUGCAUUUCAUCCCCAGAGACUGAGGAUAGGAGGUCAAUCAUUACUAACUAUUAUGAAAUUUGAGAAAAGCACAUGCUUUUAUUUAAAAGUCCUUUAGUCCUGCUAAAGUGCCCAUAAUACAGUACAGUGUUAAUCACUCAGUCGUGUCCAACUCUUUGUGACCCCAUGGACUGCAGCCCUUCAGGCUCCUCUGUCUGUGGUAUUCUCCAGGAAAGAAUACUUGAGUGGGUUGCCAUUCCCUUCUCCAGAGAAGAUCUCCAGGGGAUCUUUCCGAGCCACGGAUCAAACCCUGGUCUCCUGCACUCUGGGCAGAUUCUUUACCAUCUGAGCCAACAGGGAAGCCCAAGGUUCCCAUAAGCCAAAUCAAAUACUAGACAAUACACUGCUAGGUUCAGUCCAUGAAUGGACAGAAAAUCAGACAGGCACACAAGAAAGGUUAGCUUUUUCACUGUUGUAUUAAAAAAUGUUACUUUGAAGGACCAUCAAAACAGUCACAAGGUGUUGGGAGUUAGAACAGUAUUCUGAAUUUAAUUAUAUUUCACCACUUCCUCCAGAAAAGCCAUAUUUUCUUCAUAUGUGUCUUACUAGAAAAUUUGCCUUUGAUAAAUGAUUGACACCAUCUAUGAAAUCUGAUGGAUAUUAAGUGAAAUGUCCCUGGAUCUUACCUUGGAUCUAUUCAAACACACACAAAGAAAAGAGGUCAGAUCUGAGAAUCUCUUGAAACCAAUCGUUAAGCAUUUCAAUAGACAUAAACUUCUUGCAGGUGCAUAUUGCAUGCCAUGCAAUAUUGCAUUCAGACAUUUUCCCUAUACCAGUUUCCCUCCAUAAAUGUCGCUCUGCUCUGCCCGUGAGUUCCUUAUUAAAGCAGCAACUGAUGCUUGUGCAGUGAAAACUCUGGGCCACCAGGCGAGCUGUCUGCAGACUGUUAACCUUCCGGCUCUGUUAUUCGGGAGUUUGGCAUGCUGUGUGUGCAUGGGGGGAACAAAAAAGAAACCGGAAAGCUCCUCUGAAGGCUGGAUAAUGAAGAUGAGAACUAAUCAACUUCUUAUGGCUUUUCCAGGCUGAUUUUAAAAGCGAGGUAUUUGUCCUGGGUAAGCCUCCGCGUAGCCCAGUGAUGUCCAGGAGGACCCCCAGCUCCCCUGUCAGAGGGCUCGGCGGUUCCCACAGGGUAGGGUCAGAACGCCCCGCCUUGAGCCAG